CAGACGUCCGGGAUGGGUUUGCUGAAGGGCCUGCUCCGGGCCAGGAAGCCGCUGCUGUCCGUCCUGGCCCCGCUGCUCCUGCUGCCCCUGCCCAUGCUCCACCCCAGCAGCGAGGCCGCGUGUGCUUACGUGCUGAUCGUGACCGCUGUGUACUGGGUGUCCGAGGCCGUGCCCCUCGGAGCCGCCGCCCUGGUGCCCGCCUUCCUCUACCCGUUCUUCGGAGUCCUCCGAUCCAGCGAGGUGGCGGCGGAGUACUUCAAGAACACCACGCUGCUGCUGGUGGGCGUCAUCUGCGUGGCGGCGGCCGUGGAGAAGUGGAACCUGCACAAGCGCAUCGCUCUGCGCAUGGUCAUGAUGGCCGGGGCGAAGCCGGGCAUGCUGCUGCUCUGCUUCAUGAGCUGUACCACCCUGCUCUCCAUGUGGCUCUCCAACACGUCCACCACCGCCAUGGUGAUGCCCAUCGUGGAGGCCGUGCUGCAGGAGCUGGUCAGUGCCGAGGAGGAGCAGCUGGUGGCCAGCAGCACCAACCCCGAGGAGGCCGCGCCCGCCAGUCUUGAUGCAAACAAUAGCCAGCCUUCUCUGGAACUCAUCUUUGUCAAUGAAGACACCUCGACUACAGACUUCUCCUCCCUGGUGCAGAACAAGAACCUGAAUGGUGCUCCCACAAUCACCAACGCCGUUAAAAGAGCCAACCACCAAGAAAAGCAGCACCCCGCCCAGGAGAAGCCACUAGUCCUGCCACCCAGCCCCAGGAACCAGGAACUGAGCAGGAAGUACAAGUCCCACCACGACCAGAUGAUCUGCAAGUGCCUGUCUCUGAGCAUCUCUUACGCUGCCACCAUUGGGGGCCUGACCACCAUCAUCGGCACCUCCACCAGCCUCAUUUUCUUGGAACACUUCAACAACCAGUACCCAGCCGCAGAGGUGGUCAACUUCGGCACCUGGUUCCUCUUCAGCUUCCCCAUCUCCCUCAUCAUGCUGGUGGUCAGCUGGUUCUGGAUGCACUGGCUGUUCCUGGGCUGCAAUUUUAAAGAGACCUGCUCUCUGAGCAAGAAGAGUAAGACCAAAAGGGAAGAGCUGUCGGAGAAGAGGAUCCGAGAGGAAUAUGAAAAGCUGGGAGCCAUUAGCUACCCCGAAAUGGUGACAGGGUUUUUCUUCGUCCUCAUGACCGUGCUGUGGUUCACCAGGGAGCCUGGCUUUGUCCCCGGCUGGGAUUCUUUCUUUGAAAAGAAAGGCUACCGCACCGACGCCACAGUCUCCGUCUUCCUUGGCUUCAUCCUCUUCCUGAUUCCGGCGAAGAAGCCGUGCUUUGGGCAAAAGAAGGAUGGGGAGGACCGGGAGCCCUCGCUCAGGAUGGAGCCCAUCAUCACGUGGAAGGACUUCCAGAAGACCAUGCCCUGGGAGAUUGUCAUCCUGGUGGGAGGAGGCUACGCUCUGGCUUCUGGCAGCAAGAGCUCCGGCCUCUCCACGUGGAUUGGGCACCAGAUGUUGUCCCUGAGCAGCCUCCCCCCGUGGGCUGUCACCCUGCUGGCAUGUAUCCUGGUGUCCAUCGUCACCGAGUUUGUGAGCAACCCGGCCACCAUCACCAUCUUCCUGCCCAUCCUGUGCAGCCUGUCCGAGACGCUGCACAUCAAUCCGCUCUACACCCUGAUCCCAGUCACCAUGUGCAUCUCCUUCGCAGUGAUGCUGCCUGUGGGCAACCCCCCCAACGCCAUCGUCUUCAGCUACGGGCACUGCCAGAUCAAAGACAUGGUGAAAGCUGGCCUGGGGGUCAAUGUCAUUGGCCUGGUGAUCGUGACGGUGGCUAUCAAUACGUGGGGUGUUAGCCUCUUCGACCUGGACACUUUCCCAGCCUGGGCUACGGUCAGUAACAUCACUGACCGGGCUUAACACAAGGGGGCGCACAGCCCCAUCAGAGGAGCCGCCAGCACCCAGCAGGAUCCGCCUGCCAACCAGGCCAAGAACACCGCCAGAGCACAGGACCCCAGGAUUCCGCCACCUACCACCUUGGUGCAGGACGCUCCCACAGCCCGGGCUCCAGAAAACCCACCGCUCUCACUUCUCUGUACCUAGACUCUGCAGUGACCCUGAGAAGAGCAGAAAGCCUGUCGCACACCCACGAGCCCCACGAGCCCCACGAGGUUUGAUGUCCUCCUUCAUUUCUUAAUCCCUUUGUAGGAGCUGACGGAGAAAUCCAAAUCUCCUGCCUGUGCACCGAGACUGAAACCGGUGCCAUCUCUUUCGUAGGAAAAUCUCACCUAGAACCUGAGACCUGCCUUACAUCAGCUUCUUUGUCUUAAGAGUUUCUGUCCUAAGUUCUCCCACAAAAAGACGAUUCUUAGCAAUCCCUCUUUGUGGCAGGCGGAAUUCUUACCACUGCUCUGAUUCCCUUUUAAGCAUCUCUCUUCAAUGGCUUCUCUUUACUGUGGCACCAAAUUCCUAUAAAGAAACAGUGUUCCCCUUUCGAAAAAGGUUGGCGCUGUUCUCGGUCAAAGGAAAAGGACGCAAAGAAAGGACCUGGCCAUUUGCAUCUCUCUCCACUCGUCACAAACCGUCAGCACCACCGUGUUGGUUAAGUCCUGGGAGGGAAGAAGAAUCUUCAUACCUGUCUUAUAUUAAGGAUGCCAAAAUUAUAACGAAGACCACAGCACUGUUAAUGAUAUUUGACUGGCUUUCUUCUGGAUGGAACGAGAAGACAGGUACAGAAAGGUCCAAACCCAUCUGUCACUUUCUAUAAG